CCCAGUGAACCUCGUUGAUGAGGGGAGCACGGUCAGGUGGAACACCAUUACCUCAAGGCAAAGAUCAAAACAUGGCACUCGUGUCUGUCCAGUGAGGAGACUUCUGCUUUCAUUCAUAGAACAGGCGACACGCUGGAAGCGCUGCUCGACGAUAAAAGCACAUCUAAUUCAGCUCUGGAGGGGCUCCUUAUUCAGCUACUGAUCUGACUGAGGUGAACCAUAGCCAUGGAUCUGGACGUGGUGAACAUGUUCGUCAUUGCCGGUGGCACACUUGCAAUCCCCAUUCUGGCUUUUGUGGCGUCUUUUCUGCUGUGGCCUGCGGCUCUCAUCAAGGUGUACUAUUGGUACUGGAGGAGGAGGCUGGGGCUGCAGGUGGAUUACGCAGAGCAUGAAGGUUAUCGCUUCUGUUAUACACACCGAGGGAAGCCGGGGAGCAAACCCUCUGUCCUCAUGCUUCAUGGUUUCUCUGCUCACAAAGAUAUGUGGCUGGGGUUGGUGAAGUUCCUCCCAACGAACAUGCAUCUGGUGUGUGUUGACAUGCCUGGUCAUGAGGGCACCUCACGCACUAGCGCAGUGGACUACUCCAUUGAGGCCCAGGUCAAAAGGAUACAUCAGUUUGUAGAAUGUAUCCGACUGAAUAAGAAGCCUUUCCACCUGGUGGGCACAUCUAUGGGUGGUAAUGUAGCUGGAGUUUAUGCUGCCCGCUACCCCUCAGACCUCUGCAGUCUCACGCUCAUCUGUCCUGCAGGUCUGAACCACCCUGAAGAGAGCACGUUUGUGAAAGGUCUGAGAGACUUGGAGAAGACCAAGGAUGUUAGUAGUAUCCCUCUCAUUCCUUCCACUCCAGAGGAGAUGGAGGAGAUGCUGAAACUGUGUUCCUUUGUCCGCUUCAAGGUCCCUCAGCAGGUUCUGCAAGGAUUGGUUGAUGUCCGUAUUCCACAUAAUGACUUCUACCGUGAGGUUUUUACGGAACUAGUCAGAGAAGAAUCCAGGCAAAGCCUGCAUGAGAACAUGCACCUCAUCUCUGCACCACUCCAGGUCAUUUGGGGCAAACAGGAUCAGGUACUGGAUGUGUCUGGAGCUUCUGUGCUGGCCGAAGCUUUGCCCGGGUGCCAGGUUGAUCUCCUGGACAACUGUGGCCAUUCUGUGGCUGUGGAGCGCCCCCGCAAGGCUGCUCAUCUCAUCCUGGACUUCAUCAACCGCCAGCAAAAUUCAGGCAGCAGAAGCAACAAAAAGCUGUCUUGAGACUGAAAUUAGCAAAUGCUACAAUUUGUAGGAAUUUGUAAAUUUGUAAAGAUAUUUUUAUAGUGAACGCUCAGGGACAGUCACCGGAGUGGAAUUCACUCUUGCAGUAUUCAGUGGAGUAAAAAUGAAACGCUGUGGGAUUCAGUAAGAUUAGUUAAACCGUGGUGAUUUUGCUGUGAACCAGGAUAAUAACAGGCACUCAAACCAAUACAGUAAAUAUCGCUAGACUUCAAGGUGUUUGUAAUUCAUUUUUAAUAUCAGUUUCAGGUUUUUGUAAAUCCAGAAAAUAGACUAAAACACAACAUUCGCUUUUAAGAAAGAACUGUACUAAAUUCUUUUUUUUUUUAGCUGGCUGUGCAUUUUUUCACCAUUUAUAGGGUCAAUAUUGAGGGCAAAAGUCAUAUAUUUGCUUGUUCUUGUGCUUACAUUGUGCUGCAGUGUAGUUUUCAUGUAACAGACAUUCCAUGUAGGACACAGCAUUAUGUUUACAUUUAAUCUGUAAGAUAUUUUUCUCCAUGUUUAACAUUGGAAGUCAGAACAGUUCUGCAUCUUUGUAAGCUGAAGAUGAGAUCAUUAAAUGUGGUGAAGAAGUUCUGUCCAAUUGCUAUUACUGAGAGGAGAUGCACUGUGGGAACAUUACACCUGCCUCAGCUUUUUCAUAACAUUAGUAUUAGUAUGAAUUCCCUACAGAGAUUCAUUUGCAUUUUUGGUAUUAAUAUGUAGUGUUUACUUUAGCCUUUAACUUGAGACUCUUAGUUGUGGCUUCAAUAUGGCAUCUCCUAUCAACAGCUAAAAAUUUAGUGGAAAUGGCCCUUCAAAUAGCCAGGGCCCUUCAAAUAGCCAGGGCCCACCAGCAGGCCUGAAGUUGUAUUACACGCUUCUGUAACCUAAGAAUAACUCUUAGGUUAAAAAUUUGCGUUGAAUUCUCUGUAGUUACUAAAUAAUAAUACUUAGUAUGUGAUAAACCUGGGAUUUUAAGGUGUUAAUAUUGUUUUGAGAGAUGUAACAGAAUCUCUCAAAUAUUUGUCAAGGCCAUUAAAGCCUUUGUACAAAAGACAAAUUAAAAGAUACAUUUACACCCUGUGCAUAACACUGAAAUGAGUAUAAGCUGUAUGUGUAUUUCACAGCAUGAGAACCACUGAGAUGCACAAAAGCACAAGUUAAUCUACAGUAAUACCAGAGAAGGGUAGACAUGCAUUCUGAAUGAAAGUCUUCCAAUUUAGAUGUUAAGACCAUAUUGUUGGUUACAUGUCUAAUGUUGACAUUGGUCAAAUUUCUUUGGUCCAUUUUUUCCAAUGAAGGCCUCUGUUUGGGCCACUAGAGGGCGCCCUUAACUGGUGGUUGGUUUGUCCUCAAUCAGCUGGUAGCAUACACUGGAAAAAACUAAUAAGACUUUAAAAUACAUUUCUGUAUAAAGACUUUAACAUAAUAUCACAAAUUUGCUAAAGUUUGAAUGGUGAGAACUUUUAACUUUAAUUCUAAAAUGUAAAAUUCUGUUGUUUUUUCCAGGUUUAAAUGAAAAAAAUUUUUUCAAGGUGCAUGGGGUAAUCUGGAUUAUUUAGACUUUGGUUCAUUUCUGGAUUCAGAAGACUACAAAAGAUCUUCAGAGCUUUUACUGACAGAAGUUUCUCUUUGUUUACUAUAGACACACAUCAUCAUCAGUAAGAGGGAAAGAUUCUUAUGUGUUGUGCAAGCUGACGUCUUCAUGUUGUUCAGUAUUAUUUUACCUAUUAUAUCAGAGUCAGAAUCAGUUCAUGUACGCAGAAUUUGUCUGAGUGAAAUUGGUGAAUCACUGUCAUUCUUUGUUCUUCAAAUUCAAACAACUCUUUAGGGAUGUCAGAAUGUUCCUUUUCACUUCAGUGGAGAGUAAAGACAAGAGAAAUGUGCCUGUUCCCUUGAGAAUCUUAAUACAACCUACACUGAGAGGGGCUACUGAUGAUUAUGGUAAUGUUCAGUGUAAAACAGGCAUGUUCCUAUUCCCUUAUGGGUUUCUCCAGAUUGAGAGUUUGGGUGUUAAAGGUGCUCAUGUGUGAUUGUUUCCUCUAGGGUGUUCUCAGAGAGACGCCGCUGAAUAAUAGAAGUAUGUCUACUUUAGAUGUCAAAAAAUGUCUACAUAAACUACAUAGAACAGUUACAUAAACUUGAUCCCUCUAAAUAACUGUGAUGUAAAUCAACACAAAUUUGUUCAUUUGUUUAUAAUUGUUUUUAUGUUUUGUGUCUUAUGCAUGAUGUGUCAGGAGUAUGUGGAACAAAAAUAUGUUUGUUUUCACAUCCUCAAUAUUUCACUUUAUGUAAUGUCUUAGCACUGAAAUUCCAUAUGUAAAUUUGUACAUAUAUUUCUUAAUAUCCAAAGUAUGUCUAUUGAAUAUCUGUUUCAAUAUAUGAUAUGCUUAUCAGCAAAAAUUACAGAGAAAAAUAUAUGUACAUAUCUCCCUA